AUAGUAUAUAUAUAAGAAGAAAAAUGAAUUUUAUAUUCUAGGUUUGCGCUAAAUUCCCUUGAUUUCAAAGUUCACCUGAAACCUGAACUUUGGCUGUUUCAGUCGGUGUGAUCGCGUUAAUAAAAGGCCUUGAAACCGCCAUGUUAUUUCAUUUGUUCACAUUGUUCCUGGCCGCAUCGAGCUGCGCUGGACAGAUCCUGUACGAUGAAUACAUCUACACUCCAGCGGCCCCCACCCUGCAACACGUCUCUGUUUUGUUCCGGCACGGCGCUCGUUCCCCCAUCUCGACUUACGCCCUGGACCCCAACAGUCACCCCGAUGUCUGGCCACAGGGCCUUGGUCGGCUAACUCGGGAAGGACUGAAGCAGGUGUACCAGCUAGGACGAUGGUUACGUGAGCGUUACAGCGCAGUUUUGUCGGUCGCGUGGCGCUACAAUCAAGUGGUCGUCAGGAGCUCGGCUGAAGACCGUGAGCUGAACUCGGCCGCAGCUCUGUCGGCAGGCCUCUACAGCGAGUAUUUCUUGCGUAGUCCGAACGAGCGAUUCGAUGAGGAGAUGCCCUGGUCUCCCGUACCCGUACACAGCGCCCCACCUAAAAUGGACAUGGAAAUAGAUACUGCGGAUUCAUGCACGAGACUCCAACAAAUCGAAGCUGAACUGCACCAAGAUGCCAGCGUGGUGAAGUUCCUGCAAUCAAUCAACUCGACACGCAGCAUCCUCGCCGCGAAGCUCAACCAGUCCUUCGACACUGUCCAAUCGUUAUCGUUUCUUUACGAUACCUUCAGAGUCGAGUUAUCGUUUCUUUACGAUACCUUCAAAGUCGAGAAAGAGAACAACCUAACUCUGGCAGACUGGGCCGAGCCUCUCAUGCCGACGCUGGACCUUGCCAGACGCCGCGACUUCCAGUUCCUGGCGGUGACUCACGAGCAGAAAGUUCUUAGCGCUGGACCGCUGCUACAAAAGAUCGUCAACAACAUGUUAUUGAAGCACGACAUCGGGCUGAAUGCUGUGAACAUGUCGUUGUUUGCGGUACACGACACGAACUUAGCCGUGCAGCUCAUCACCAUUGACAACUACGACAACAGAGUGCCUGAUUACGCCACAGCUCUGCUCUACGAACUUCAUCGCCAUGAGAAAAAUGGCACCUACUUCGUUAAGAUGUAUUACCACAACAACACAUACGCCCAGAGCCCCAUGAGGGAGCUCAAGUUGACGACCUGCGACACUGAGUGUCUCUUGGACGACUUCAUCUACCACGUGAGCGAGUUCAUGCCAAAAGACCUCACCGAACAGUGCCAGAUAUUGACUCCUCCACCCCAGCCGAGCUUCCUCGAUACCAACAGGACGGCGGUCAUCUUGAUCGCGCCUUUCUUCGCCAUCUUCGUCAGCGCAAUAAUAUUCGCUAUCGCAAGCAAGAUCAGAAAGUGUUGCUGUCUGAGAAAUUAUGAGUUGUUCUAGCUUCAUUUGUCUCUCAGUUGUUGAUAGUUUUGGAGUAUUAUUUGAAAUAUAUCCCAACUUUCACACACGAGUCUGUGCUUUGCUUCCAAUUUUUUUAAUUAAGGAUAUGUCGAACGUGUGUAUGAGCUUGGAUGAUACAAAUGACAUUUCGUUGACUUUUGCUCAAACAAAAAUGGGAGACCCCACUUACCAUAAAAAUUUUGAAAUUAUUGUGCAGUUUUACAUGAGCGAUGUCCUCAGGGUUUAUCAAAGAGAAAACUUGGAAUAAGUCAACCUGUGUUAGAAAUUACGCGCGGUUUCUAAACGGCGAAGAGUUACAUAUGCUAGCAAAUCCUGGUAGAUCGUGCUGUUCUUCAAGUAAGUUAUUGGUUCGGUGUGAGGUGCACUAGCUAUUGUUUUAAUCAUGAUCAGAACGAAAAUAAUUAUGUGAGUAAAAGUUGUUUAAUUCAAGUUAUAAUUUUACACAGCAGUAAGCUGGGACAUCGCGAUAUCUGAUUCACCACUAAAUUUUCUGCCAUGCAGAUUAAAUUGCUGUGACAAGUAACGAUUCUUUGAAGUAAUAUGAUCUUUGAAGUAAUAUAUAGUAAUUAAUUCUAUUUGAAGGCUAAAUAGCUUCUAAAACUAGAGAUCGUACCUAGAAAAAAGUAAUCAACUUAUUCCUAAUUCUUGGUUGGAUUUGACGAUAAUAACGUCGUGGCAUGGACGAGACUAACAACGAUUGAGCAUUUAAUCAAUCUUUUAGUAUUUAUUGAAAAUAAAAUUGACUAAACCGCUGGAGCAAGAUGGAGCUAAACCGCUGUCCAUGGAAAGGGCAAUCGAGCUGCGCCACCCCUUCUUCCACACGACCUAUCA